AUGUCGACAUCCGAUCCCGAAAAUGGUGAAACCGGCCAACGCUCCAGAUCACGCCCGAAUCUGGUGAUUUUCAUGCCCGAUCAGCUUCGGUACGACUCGGUUGGUUGUUUUGGAAACCACCAUGUCAAGACACCCAACAUCGAUGCAUUUGCGGCACGAGGGACCAAAUUCACAAAUUGCUAUUUGCAAGCCACUGUCUGUUCACAGAGCCGCUGUUCCCUAUAUACCGGGCAAUAUCCACAUGUGUCAGGGCAUCGCAGCUUGGAGAACCUCAUCAAACCAUGGGAGCCAAACAUGUUUCGCGCUCUCAAGGAAAGUGGAUACCAUGUCGCGUGUUUGGCUCCUAGGGGUGACACCUUUGCGCCUACAGUCACGGAGCUCAGUGUGUCGGAACAUGGCUUUUUGGUGCCUCCCGAGUGGAUGCCAAAAUUUGGAAAGGGAGGCCCAACGGAGCCGUCGGAAGAUAUUUGGGAUCGCUUGUUCUACAAGGGACUUCGAGGUCAAGACAAGACGGUCGACUACGAUGAAGCCGCUGUGCGAUCUGCGAUCAAAUGGCUAGAGAACCCACCCAAAGGCCCAUGGGUGUUGUAUUUGCCAUUGAUAUUCCCUCAUUGCCCGUUCCAGGUCGAAGAGCCGUACUUCUCCAUGUACGACCGCACGAAAAUGCCAAUACCCUCCAAGCCAAGUCAGAAAACAGGCUAUGAGCCGGGGUAUUUUUCGGAGAACCGGAAGCGCUAUGGCACAGAGCGAGCGACGGAUGAAGUAUGGGCUGAGAUCACAGCGACUUAUUACGGCAUGAUAUCGCGUCUUGAUACACAGUUCGGACAGGUCCUAGCAGCAUUGGACAGAACAGGAUUAGCACCUAAUACAGUUACUGCCUUUUACACUGACCAUGGCGAAUAUUUGGGAGACCAUGGCAUGAUCGAAAAAUGGCCCAGUGGUGUGUCUGAGGUUCUUUCCCGCGAACCCCUUAUCAUUGGGGGUGCUGGCUUGCCUGUGGGUAAGACCAACAACGAUAUUUGCGAGAUGGUUGAUUUACUCCCUACUAUCUUCGAGCUUUGUCAAAUUCCCGAACUUUUCCCACACAACGGUAUCUCAUUGCUACCUACAAUACUGGGGAAAAACGAGCACCCCAAGAAGUACGCAUACACCGAAGGCGGGUUUCUGAAAUCAGAGGAGCCGCUUCUUGAGCAGGCACCUUACCCAUAUGACAUCAAGUCUGUUCUCCAGCACGAACAUACUGAGCUUGUGGGAAAAGCGAUCUCAAUGAGAAGCAGUGAGUGGACGUAUGUCUAUCGACUGUACGAGCCUCCAGAGCUAUACAGUAGGAAGUCUGAUAUUGCGGAGCUUCACAAUUUGGCUGCAGAUCCGGACUAUGAGCAGAUUAUUCAAGAGAUGCAGGCAGAGAUGUUUCGCUGGAUGAUAGCGACAUCGGAUUUUCUUCCUUUCCAGAAAGAUGUUCGAUUCCCACCGGUCGGACUUGAAAGCCCGCAAGAUCAAUAUCAGAAGCGACUGGAGAGUGUCUGA